AUCUCACCAUAUGAAGAGACAUUCUUUUUCAGCAAUUCAGAGAGCACAAAGGAAGCUACCGGUGAUACAUCUCCAGUUAUUUGCAGUGAUGGAACUGGAAGUAGUGAAAGCCUACCACAAAACCCACAGUGUACAACUCCAUCGAUUGCUAUGCCUUCAGAAGUGAACAGUGGCUCAGAAGAAUCAAUAUAUUCUACCUUGGAGGAAUGCGCACGUGAUGUGGGAUUAAAGCCUGCUGAGGACCUCAGAAGUCAAUCAGAUAGCCAUUCCCAGACUAAUACUAUCAGUAGCCAUUCAUCAGAAUCAGGA